CGGUUUCUCUUCACCCGGAAUCAAUCUUCCAGAUCGAGUACGUCGCGACAUCUCUUGGGACGAUCCUCAAAUUCCACCGACUCCUCCACUCCUUCCGAAUUUACAUCUCCGCACCGCCGUAUACCAAUUCUCAUCUUCUCGCCCCGCCCUCUCCUCCGCUGCGGGGUUCACCAGCCCGCUUUUGCUAUCUGACCGAGUCACUACCGCAUACCAAGUUCAGUCGAGGGCGCCUACAGCCCUAUUCCCACAUCAUGAGUUUCGCAAAUAUGUUCAACAAGCUGUCUGGGCAGCCGGAGAGCUAUGAGAAGAAGUCUCUAUACAAGUUUGGACGGACGCUUGGUGCUGGCACCUACGGUAUUGUCCGUGAGGCUGAGACGCUUGACGGAAAGAAAGUCGCGAUUAAAAUCAUCUUGAAGAAAAAUGUUCGGGGAAAUGAGGAGAUGGUCUACGAUGAGCUGAAGAUGCUUCAGAAGCUCCAACAUCCUCACAUUGUCUCGUUCGUGGACUGGUUCGAGUCUAAGGACAAAUUCUAUAUCGUGACACAACUGGCCACUGGUGGCGAGCUGUUCGACCGGAUUUGUGAUUAUGGAAAAUUCACGGAGAAGGAUGCGUCGCAGACCAUUCGACAGGUGCUUGAUGCGGUCAAUUACCUACACAAGCGCAACAUUGUCCACCGUGACCUGAAACCUGAGAAUCUGCUCUACCUCACCCGCUCUGCCGACUCCGAGCUAGUCCUGGCCGAUUUCGGUAUUGCCAAGAUGCUGGAAAACCCCUCAGAAGUUCUAACCAGCAUGGCCGGCUCCUUCGGCUAUGCCGCACCAGAGGUUAUGCUCAAGCAGGGCCACGGCAAGGCCGUUGACAUGUGGUCUUUGGGUGUGAUUACCUACACCCUGCUGUGUGGUUACUCACCCUUCCGCGCGGAGAACCUCAGCGAUCUUAUCGAAGAAUGUCGCUCAGGCCGAAUUAUCUUCCACGAACGCUACUGGAAGGAUGUGUCCCAAGACGCCAAGGACUUCAUCAUGACCAUGCUUCAGACUGACCCCAGCAAGCGAGUGACAUCUGAGGAUGCCCUCAAGCACGAAUGGCUCACCGGAGAAUCCGCCAGCGACCGCGAUCUGCUGCCCGAGAUCCGCGCCUACAUUGCGAAGGCCCGUCUCCGCCGUGGUAUCGAGAUCGUCAAGCUCGCCAACCGUAUUGAGGCCCUCAAGAUGCACGAUGAGGAUGAGGAGGAGGGCGAUAUUCCUAGCCCUAUGGCCAUGGCUCCCGAGGACGGCGAAGCCGCUCCAGUCGCGAACGGCGAUGCGUCUCCCGGUCACACUAAGAAGCGGAGUCUUGGCAAGAUCGCUCGUGGUGCUAUCUUCCGUGAGGUCGUUUUGGCCAAGGUGCGUGAGGCGAAGGACAAUGAAGAGCGCGAGAAAGUUGAACGUGAAGCACGUGAAAAAGCGUCGCAUGCCUAACUUGAUGCCUUAUGAUUGUCGAUUGCAUUUAUUCUUAUUGCUCAUACUUUUUUCCCCUCGAUGCUGUUUCAUGUCUGUAAUUUGCCUGGAUUUGGAUAUAGUUAUUUGAUUCCCCAUGUUCAAUACAGUCUGCACAUUUGCGGCUGACUAGUGAGACCGCUUGCAUGAAUUGACCUUUUGUAUCAAUUAUUUCCUA